GUUAUAUCAUGUGCUCUUUCACAGGUUCAUGUCUUGGCUCAGCGCGCUCUCCAAUGGAUCCGCCGAGUCAUUGUUUCCGACUGUCCAGGAGAAAAAGUCCUUUGUUGCCGCGAACUUUUUAAUCUGGGGAUUUGAAGGCCAUCACAUGCUCAGACGGAGCAGCGGGGCGCACUGCCGCUUCCAGCUCAAAUCCGCAUCGAGGAGGAAAAGUUUUCCUGCGGACAGGACAGCCGGCCGGGAUCACUGGAGGCGCGCAGCGAUGCCAGCAGCGCACGGCGCAGGACCGUAGGGACACUUGGGACUCCCGCUGGGGGGGACAACGGGAAACUUCCCUGUUCAAAUCCAGGAUAAACAUGGCGCUCAAGUACAGCCAGCGAUCUUUAAUUGUUCUGUCUUUACUGGGGGUGCUGUCGGCCAUCAUGGCCGUAUUAUCGGUGAUCUUGAUAUUCCAGCUGCAGUCCCAGCGGGCGGCGGUGAAGGAGCCCUCCACCGCCGCCUCCUACUCGUUCAUACCCGCUGACGUCUGGGCCGCCCUGCUGCCGGUCUCCACGGUGCUCUCGGCGCUGUCCCUCACCCUCAACUUGAGCUCCGUGGUCGUGUGUCUCCUCCACAGCUACUUUUCCACGGAGGUCUGCAGAGGGGAUCAGGACACGGAGAGAGCCGACUGGUUCCUUCUGGAUAGCAGAGCUGUACGGCAUGUGGCUAUUGGACUAUUCUGCCUGGGGGUGUCUGUCUAUUUGGCAGCAAUGUCCAUCUUCAUGCUCCUGAUAUGCGAGAUGGAAACGGGUAUCGCCAGCGCCUGCGUACUCUCCUCUGGGAUCAUGAUCCUGCUGGUGGCGGUGAUACACUCCCUGGUCAAAGCUUCCCAAAGCGCCAAGCACUACAAGGGCGACCUAGCCGACACCCUCUAUCAAAACGACCACGGCGGCAUGCCCAUCUCACGGCCCUGCGAGCUGAGAGUCGGGGUGGACAAACCACGGAUUCACCGCAGCCAGUCUCACAUCCAGCAUCCGAUCUCGUACCCGCCGUGCGGCAACAUCAGGCAGCGAGAGCUUUACCAGCAGCAGUACUCCCCCACCGAAGGCUCUCAGAGCCAAUCCAGUGAUAAGGAUGGCUUCAGCGGCGGCGGGAGCUGCCCUCGCAUGCACCGGACCUUGUCCACUGAGUCCGGCUUGCUGCAGGCUCAGGUGAAACCCUGGAACGGGGUCAACAACGAGAUGAGGAGCGUUUUAGCUCGCAAAUCAGGGAUCUCGGCAAAAGACUCAACCCUCGUGUGAGCCGCGGCUCUUUUCAGAGGACGAUAAUUAGAGAACUGAUACACGACCGCACGUGAGUGGUACAUGUGAAACCCCACAGCAGAGGGAAAGCUCACAGUUUCUUCAAUGUACAAAAGACAAGUUUAUCCUGUUUGGCUGCAUUCAAAAAAGGCCCGGGUUUUAAAAUGGUCAGUUCACGUUAUGCGGUUAAUAUCAAAACCUAAUGCAGCAGUUUAUUUGACACAGGCGUCGACUGGUAUUAGAUUCCUACGGUAUGAUAACCUGAAUGAAAAACACCCAGGUCUUACAGCAUCGUGUAAUUUACACCACAAAAAUAAAACAAGAAUUUAUUACGAUGAAAUUGCUUUUAUAUAAAACUGAAAAGCAACAAUUAAAAAACGAAUCAAUUACAGUACACUUUUUUUUAGAUACACCAGUGGUGCCAUAGUUGGGGCCUUUGACUCCACAUAGGCUGAAAACCGACAAGCAGGGAGUCUUGAGAUCCUCUCCAGGAAUCAAACAAUAUAAUUAAAUUGAUCAUUUAAAGCCUUGAAUCUUAGAGGUGAUUGAAAAAAUACUUAGAAAUAGAUAAAAAUAAUACUUUCCCUGUUGAUGUUGUUUUUAAUAGUCCUGUAUAAUUGAUAUGGUAGCACAUUUGAGCUCAAAAUGAGUCAUACCCCUGACAGAUUUAGAUUUAGGGUAAUCCUCGAAUUUGACCAACAGGUUUCUUGUGACUGGGAGUAAUAUUAAUAAUUAGGAGCAGUUCAGCCAGAGUCCUGACUGGAUCAGAAUCCAGUGAUCCAGUCAGGACUAUGUGCAGGGAGAUAAAGAUUAGCGUCAAGGCAAGGAGGCCUUCCAACCUCAAAGACCUGCAGCUCAUCACCAAAGUUAAAUGAUCAAAAUAGCAGCGGAAACAUGGAAAAGCUGAUCAGCAGUUUUAAGAGAAGCUGAAUUUCCACAAUACCCAAAAUGUGCCAAAAAGGAUUUUUCCGUCAGUUAACAAAAAGGGUAUAAAUAACGUGUUUUUCAUGAUUAUCAAAAUAAAAACUUGUUUUUUUAAAAACAUUUUUUUCAUUAUCUUGUGAGAGAUGCAGGUCUCAUUUCCUAUCAAAACAAAUAUCUUGGUUGGGUGAAAAUAAUUUUGCACCUAAAUUUGCCAGGAGUAUGAAUAGUUUUGGGCUUAAAUAAGAUUUGGAGCCACAAGUCUCUUCCACUUUUUUUUAUUUCAUGGGUCAGAAACGGACAAUUCUGGCAACCACUGAUCUAUACCAUGUAUUUAUUGGUAUUUUAAUAAUGGCUGAAGCACAAAUGUAUAAAUCUAGUGCUGAAUUGAUCAGUAGUUCUCAAAUACAUGUGUUUUUUUACUGGCAGAAUUUCCUGUUGCUGUUCUGCAUUUUAUAGAUGAAUAGCAAGCAGAUAAUUGUUCAGGCAAAAGCUGCAGGACUUGAGAUUGGUGGGAUUGCAUUCACUUCCAAACCAGAACUAGACAUAUUUUUUAUGUAGAUAUUUCAUGGCAAUAUUUCCAAAGAGCUGAAUUAGUUUUUCUCCUAAAUGAGGGAAAACUAUGGAAUAUAUUAAUAUAGACAAUUGACCAGCAGUUCACAGUAGAAGAAUUUAAACUACAAGAACACCAUGAUGGAAGAUUUAUGCAAAUUAGAAACUCUGACGUCGUUGAGCAAGUCCAUGCCUAAAACGACCUUUCAUGAACUUGAUUUAAGUAAUAUACACACCAAUCAACUAUUGAUCUGGCACUUCCAUUAUAAUACCAAACACACAUUACUGUAUUAAAAGGCUUUACAUCAGAAAUGUAUGACUGAUGUGCAAAUGUAUGCUUUCAUGUGUUCAAUAUUAUCUCAUAUACACCUUAAAUAAACUCUAGAAAAAAAAA